GACGGUAAAAACCUGGUGUGUGAGAGCGGCCGGGGGAAGACGGGCUAAGAGUCUCGCAGCAGAGCGAGCGUGUCGCGCGCGGACCCGUCCAACCACGCCGGGCGCACGGUGCAGCAGGACUCGCCAUCGCCUCGGAUCACGGUGCUUUUUUUUUUCUUCUUUUUUCUUAAAAAAAUAAAAAAUAAAAUUCUUCCUUGUCGGACUGUCUGCCGGAGGUGUUUGGUGGCAAGGCGCACGGUUAGGACGUCUUGCGCGUCCUCCCCGUCGGUAGCUCGCGAUCUGCCCGUCCACUUCGUGCCCAAUGACGAGGGAUGGAGUGUGUGAACGGUAGAGGAGGAAUGAUGGUCGAGAGGGAGCGCGGCAGUGGGGCGGCGAGGGCCGCGCUACACCAGUGCGAGCUGAUCCAGAACAUGAUCGAGAUCUCCAUCUCAAGCCUGCGAGGGCUGCGCACCAAAUGCGCGGCGUCCAACGACCUUACCCAGCAGGAGAUACGCACUUUAGAGGUGAAGCUUAUGAAGUACACCUGCAAGCAGUUGCAGUGCAAGCUGAAGGUGCCGGAGACGGACAGGCCACAGGCCCUGGACAGCUACCCACGGCUGGGCGACUGGCUUCACAUUGUCAACCUGAGACCCGAACUCAUAGAGGCGGUUCCUGUGAAGUUGUCGUUGGAUGCCUUGCUGCAGAUGCCCGGCGCCCAGGUGCAAGAGACCAUGAGGAGGUUGGGCUCCAGUGCAGAGGAGUGUGCCCGGCUCAGUGCUGCCCUCUCCUGCUUGAAGAGUGCCACUGAAUCAGGAGAGUUUAAACAGGAGGAAGGCUGCUGGUUAUCUGAGCCCACCAGGCGGGACAGUGGUGGCCUGAGCACAGCCGACCAGAUCCCCUUACUGGGCGGUCCCAUGCGGGCCCACAGCCCCUCCCCUCUCACCCGGCAGCCGGCCACGCCCUCCACACCCCUCACCCCCUGCCCCCGCCCUCGCCACGUUCUCUCCGCUGCCGAGGCCCACAUCUCCCACGGUUACGCUGACAGCUUGACGGAUCCCAGCCCCUACUAUUCCUCCCGGCCUGUCCGUCUUCACGGCCACACCUCCACCCCGCCCAUCACCCCGCCUUCCAAGAGGAGGCACCGCCUGAAGCCGCCGUGCACGCCGCCGCCGCCCUCGCGCAAAGUGCUCCACCUGCUGCCCAGCAUCACCCUCACACGCAGCAAGAGCCACGAGAGCCAGCUGGCCAAUCGCAUCGAUGACACACCCACCAGCAAAUUUCCUAGAGUUUAUGAGCAGUGUCACAACAGGAUACACUCCCUAAGGCUGAAGUCCAAAAGAGGGUGCGGGAAGAAGAACAAGCUCUUCCUGAACGUCCAGAUCAACGGUAACGGGUGUGAGGACCCGCCGUCACGCUCUCCACUGCUAAAUGCCCGCACACCUGGUGCUGUGCCCAACACCUCCCCCUACACUCUGCCAGGGACCCCCACACUGCUGGAGGAACACAGAGGCCUGAGGAAUAGCAUGGCCGUCCACCGCAGCUCUCCCCAGGCUGUGAGGAGGGACAUCGGCUUGGCUGUCACUCACAGGUUCUCCACCAAGUCCUGGCUCUCCCAGACGUGUCAAGUGUGUCAAAAAAACAUGAUUUUUGGAGUGAAGUGCAAACACUGCAGGCUAAAGUGUCAUAAUAAAUGCACAAAAGAGGCUCCUUCCUGCCGGAUAUCAUUCCUCCCCAUUGCUAAGAUCAGGAGAACGGAGUCUGUACCGUCAGACAUCAACAACCCCGUGGACCGGCCAGCCGAGGCACCGCAGUUCGGCACACUGCCGAAGGCGAUAACCAAGAAGGAGCAUCCACCUGUGCUGAAUCAGCUGGACUCCAGCAGUAACCCCUCCUCCACCACCUCCUCCACCCCCUCCUCUCCUGCCCCCUUCCAGCAGAGCAACCCCCCCAGUGCCACCCCACCCCCCAACCCCUCACCCAAGGGUCACCGUGACAACCGCUUCCACUUCCCAGCUGCCUGCUACUUUCAGCAUAGACAGCAGUUCAUCUUUCCUGACGUGUCCAGCUCCAACACUCUCCACCCAGAAGGCCUCCCUGAUCCAGUCGGAGAGGCCGAACCUUCGGCACAGGAUGUGCGCGCUCGUCUGGCCGAGCACGAAGACGGGGAGGAGGAAGAGUUGGGUGACGAGGAAGCAGAGGAAGAGGAAGACCCAGGCGUUGACGAGGAAGACGAGGGGGAGGAAGGCGAGGAGGAAGAGGAGGGAGAAGAGGACGAGGGCAGGCUGAACGGCGGCUCAGAGGGAGAGGGCGAGGGGGACGAGCUGGACGACCUGCCUAGCGCUCGAACGGGGGGCGGGGACGUGGGCGGGGACGUUAGUGGGACCCACUGGAAGGGCCCGAUCUCGCGCAAGGCCAGCCAGACCAGCGUGUACCUGCAGGAGUGGGACAUCCCCUUCGAGCAGCUGGACCUGGGCGAGCUGAUUGGCAAGGGCCGCUGGGGGCGGGUGCAUCGGGGCCGCUGGCACGGAGAGGUGGCCAUCCGCCUGCUGGAGAUCGACGGCAACAACCAGGACCACCUGAAGCUCUUCAAGAAGGAGGUGAUGAACUACCGGCAGACGAGGCACGAGAACGUGGUGCUGUUCAUGGGAGCCUGCAUGGCACCUCCUCACCUCGCCAUCAUUACCAGUUUCUGCAAAGGCCGGACGUUGUAUUCAGCUGUGAGAGACACAAAGAACAUGCUGGACAUCAACAAGACAAGACAGAUUGCCCAGGAGAUUGUGAAGGGAAUGGGCUAUUUGCAUGCCAAGGGCAUAGUUCACAAGGACCUGAAGUCUAAGAACGUCUUUCACGACACCAACAAAGUGGUGAUCACAGACUUUGGCCUUUUUGGGAUCUCUGGAGUGGUUCAGGAGGGACGGCGGGAGAAUGAACUGAAGCUUCCUCAUGGCUGGAUAUGCUACCUGGCUCCAGAGAUUGUACGCAAGAUGAGCCCUGGUAACAGCGAGGACCAGCUUCCCUUUUCUAACGCCGCCGACGUCUACGCCUUCGGCACGAUCUGGUACGAGCUGCAGGCGCGGGACUGGCCGAUCACCAACCAGCCGGUGGAGGCCACCAUCUGGCAGGUGGGCAGCGGAGACGGCAUCAGGAAGGUGCUAGCAGAGAUCAGCCUAGGCAAAGAGGUCACGGAGAUUCUGUCAGCCUGCUGGUCGUACGACCCGCGUGAGCGGCCCACCUUCACGCAGCUGGCCGACCUGCUGGAGAAGCUUCCCAAACUGAACCGCAGGCUGUCCCACCCGGGCCACUUCUGGAAGUCCGCAGAGUAUGUAUCCUAGAGGCGGGGAUAUAGGGGUGGGAGGCCCGCCCCCUUUUACCUGACCGCAACCGCGCCACUCUAUGUGCGUGCGUGGAGGCGCGUGCACAAGCACUCGCUCCAUGCUUGGGUGGAUGUGCUGGGGUGAGUGGUGUCCACUCUGUGGGUGGAGAGCGCACCGCCUCCGCAGUGGCUGCUGGUCCGAAAUGUUCAGCAGGAAUUACACAACUGUGGUGCACAAGCCCGUAUAUUACCUGUAUAUUAGCGGCUUCUCUCUUUACCAAAAAAUAUCAGACAUUCAGUUUAUUUCCUCCUUUCCUUCCACCACCUGUCUUCCUGCCCUUCUUGCUCACGUGUGAACACAGAAACACUAACCUACGCUGACCUACGCUUCACGUAAACGAUCUCCGGUUUUAUUCUGCUUUCCCUUCGUCUAUUAACAGCCUCAUCCGCGCUCUCUCUUUUCUGCUCUUCCUUCUCUCCAUCUGUAGGCUGUAGCCGUCUGUCUGAAACCUGAGGCGUCGCCAAACCUAGCCUGACCCCGUCUUGCAUGUGUGCUGAGCUCCUUAACUCCGCCAGACUGGGAGAGAAAGGGCUGUGUGAUCCAGGUUCCGCCUCCGUUCCUCUGCUGUCCCUGCCUCUGCCUCUGAUGUUUCCUCUUACUCUCUCGGAAGAGAGAGCGCCGUUGGCAACAGAGCAGGGAAAAGGGGGAAGGGUUACUCUCGCAUCCCUGUUUUUGGUUUUUGUUUUUUUUUUUUUUACCCUUCGGAGUUAGCGUUGGCGACUCCCUCUCCAUUUCCAGCACUCUGUGUCUUGGCUGAAUUUGGACUCGUGGGACGUAGCGCCAGGCUGGUGGGAGGCGCGUCUCUGCCCGAGGCAGCCUGCUGUCCCGUUUCUAUGCUGCGUUUCCCUCCAGAGUCCCGCUGGGAUGGCCGGGUCUGCCGAGAUGCCCCGUGCGAGGCUGGCGGCGUCGAGCACUUACAUCUCCCUUGCUUCCUCAGUGGUCUUACUAAACUGCUUCUGCCUCCUUAGACGCUGUGUAAUAUUGCUGCUCUCUUUCCCUCUUUGCACGGACUGGGAUUAGAUCCAGUCACACCCUUAUUUGCUUAUCGCCGCCUCAUUGGGCUCAAAGUGUGUGCUUAUAGAAGACUGAGCCAUGGUCUCUGAAGAAACCAGCAAAAGCAUCUCCAGAGCUGGUGAAGGGGAGGGGGGGGGAUCUUUCAGACAGAAACUGAGUGUCUUUGUCAAGUUCAUUGAGCCUUUUUUGACACCCCACUGGUCCACUAUUGACUGUUUACUGUGCUUGCUCUCCGAUUUGCUAGCUGGGUGUCACAAUGAGCCUACAAGAAGUGCGGCUGUCUUCUCCACUUAAGUAGUUUCCAGGUUUUUAGCUGAUUAUGAUUAGUGUCAAAGUACAUCCUUUUGUUUUGGUUACAGAACGAGCAUGACAGUGUUCCAUACCAAGUUCCAUAAACAUUACCUCUCGUGCGAGUUUGUGUGUUUUGGGUAUUGUGGGUGCUUGUGUUGUUGCAUACAUGUGGAUGAUGAUGAUGAUGAUGAUGAUGGUGUGUGUGUGUGUGUGUGUGUGUGUGUGCGUACGUAAUGUGUAAAUAUAUGGGUUAAUUCUGUAAAAGACUGGAGUAUUUGUGGUAUGGAAAUGUACAUGUAUAAAUCUGAUUAUUUAUUGUACAGCUAGCAGUUCUUUUAAUAUUUAUAUGAGGAUUUUAUAUAUAAUGUACAUGACCUUUUUGACCAAGAACUGCUCUCCUAUUUCAGAUGUAUAUAUCUUUAUAUUUUUUCAUGUACAAAUACACUGUUAAAAAAAUUGUACAUUUUAUAGAAUGGGUGAAUACAUGUUGUUAUGUACAAAUUCAUAUUUUUGUAUUGCAUGUGGCUACCAUUCUGUAUACAGUACGUGUUGUCUGUUUUCAUCCUCGGAAAACAAUAAAAACCAAGUCUGUUA